AUGUUUUAUUACAUGUUUUUUCCCCACGCUUUACUCUCGUACCUUUGUGCCGCAGAAGUAAACGAAUCGUUUCAUAUGGGUGACCUGAUGGAGGGCACUUACUGCUCGCGGAUAUUCAGCAACUGCGACAAGAAGAGGUGCGUGCUGCAGUCACCCAACUACCCUGGGCUGUAUCCACGCAACUUGACUUGCUACUACGCGAUCCGGCAACACACGAUACCGUACGGCCAACAGGCGCUAAUAUCCAUCACGCAGCCAUACAGCCGCCUGGUGUCCAUCAAAACGGACCGGCCGAAUCCCGAAGGAGCUGACCCAAAGCCCGUCGAACGGAAGGACUGGAGCAAGUGCGACAAUGUACCAGAUUUUGUGACCGUUUAUGAUGGAUACACAACUAGAGAUCCAAUUUUGUUGAGAUUCUGCGGAUCCGGUGAAACUGUGCCCGUGACUACUUCUAGUGGGCCUGAACUGUUAGUUCAGUUUUCUACUUCACCAUAUGGCACUCUGAUGUAUCCGUUCGGUCCACUUCAUGGAUUUCAACUUCAAGUACAAGUACACUUUGUGGAUAUCGAAUCUAUCAAGUACACCAAGAACAAACGGUGUGAAUUCUGGAUACGGAACACGGGCCGUGGUUGGUUGCAUGCGCCUUACCACUCUUUGCCCGAGAACACGACGUGCUGGUAUCAUCUGCAAGCCACCCCGGCCGGUGUCGCGGCUGCCGGAUAUCCGGUGGAUCGUGAAUCCGGCUCCGGUCCCAGGUACAAGGUAUGGGUAUCCGUACUCAAGUUCUACGUGACGGGCCCUCAGACCCGGGACUGCACGACCAACCUGAUGGUGUGGGACGGAAACUCUUCUUGCCAUCCAUUCUGUGAUUCGAGAAACGCAUCGUCGUCCGAGUACCAGCACAACAACAGCACGCUGUUGGCCAACUACUGUCCCGGACAAACGCCAAGGUCUUGCGAUCAUUUCCUGUUGACCCGGCAACAGCGUCCGUGCACGCUAUCCGAGAGUUUCCUGUCCACGUCCCGGUCGCUCACCGUCCAGUUGAACAUACAACACGCCACUGCUCUCAGACCGGUAUCGUUUAAAGCUCUGUACGAAUUCGUCGACCUGCACCAGGACGGAAGCUCGUGGCCCGAAACCGGAAGUAUGUGCUCCAGGAUUUUCAGAAGACCCACGCACUCGCCUUCUAGUACAAUAGCCAUCCGUUCACCGAAAAACGUAUUCUUUUACGGAAGAGGAGGCAAUAAAAAUUUAAGUUGCGUAUUCAGACUGGAAGGACAGCCCGGCGAUGUGGCUAAGGUGACAAUACUUACGAUCGGCUCAGGAGAUCGGAGUUGUUAUAGCCGUUUGAACAAAGACCGAGGUACUUUACAGUGCGUGGGUGACAUAGGAUCGUCUCUGAGUGUUUUGGACGAGGUAAACGGCCCGAAGACCAUGCUGGUGCCCAGGCACUGUUUGUGUUCGACCAACGCGUCCUUGUUGCCAUACACGUUCGUCACGUUGGGCUCGAAAGCUUCGAUGGUGUGGGACGUGUUCAAUAUGAACUCCACCGAAGACUUCCGACUUCACUACUUCGAGGCCACAGUGCAGUUCGUCAGGAGAGAGGUGGUGCUGAAACGAUGCGAGGUGAAGAGCAACUUGCUGACCGGGCCUGGCGGUCAUUUUACGUUCCACUCUCAUCACAACACCACGUGCGAAUCCCACUUCGUCAUACUCACCCAGCAAAAGUACACCAACAGUUAUCUGUACGCCAAGUUGCCCGGAUUGGCGAUGCCGGACUCGUCGCACGCGGUGCCCAACAACACCCAACACGUGCACUGCCCGACCAACAAUCGGUUCAUAGUACACGCCGGUGACACGGUCCACACGGUCGUCUGUCCAGACCCGUACUACACCGUAGAGGUGUUUUCGGAUGGAUGGCACACCAGAGACGUCAUGUCGAAUUCUUCUCGAGACAUCGUCAUCGAGUUCAUUCCAAUCGACCCGGGCUCGUAUACGGUGUCUUGGAUACAACUCUCGUCCAGGAUCCGAGCAGACGGGCCGUACUGCCACAGCCAGUGCCCUGAGCUGGACGCGUGCAUCAACGAGUCGUUGUGGUGCGAUGGCGUGGAACACUGUCCUUCCGGUUACGACGAGUCGUUCGGGUACUGUAUGCACCUGCUCUAUACGCACCUAGUGUACAGCAUCGCCCUGACCGUGGCCAUCAUCAUCGUGGCCGUGUCGUCGGGACUCACCAUCCUGUGGUUCCGGCGGUUCCGCUCGGCGUCGUCCGCGGUGGCCGGAUGCCGAAGCCCGUCCUCCAAGUCCGCGGAGACGGAGGCAGUCGUGUCGGCGCGCGACGUGGUUUACUGA